UCACUUGCAAAUUCUCUGUUUAAAAGGGAAGUUCAGAGAUUCAGCAAAAAGAGAGAAUUUUCACAGAUUUCACCUCCCAAUCCUGUGACAGUGGCAUGAAACCGACUCUAGUGUUACUUUGAGCUCCCAGCAUUACAAAGAUGAAGGAGAAAAUCAGCAAUGACUUGUCUUACAUUAAGGCAGGAUAUCGCAGUGACAAAUGGAAGUGGGUGCUCAGCUUGUCGCAAAACAGUGCCUCUUUACCUGUUACCAAGGCCAAGGUCAAAGUUCACACUACCCCAGAUGAAGACGUAGGUGGCAGUGGGGAGGCUCCUGCAGAAGACGAACCUCCAGUACAAAAGGAAUUGCCACCAAGUUCUGAGAUACCACAGGAAAAUGUGUCAGCCCCAAAACUCUUUAAAGAAGAGCAGAUUACUUUUGAACACAUAAUGAAGACUUUUGGACUGGACAAGCCACCAAAGAAUCUCCCCUGCCCAAAGAAAUGUUCAAACAAUCCUUGGUGUUUGGCUGAACUGAAGUCAGGAGCAGGAAAGGAAAAAGCAAGACCCACAGACCAGCCAAGGGAUCCCACUAAGCCAGUCGGUUUACAGAAUACAGCCAAUACAUGUUGGAUUAAUUCAGCAUUACAGGCUUUGUUCCAUUUACCAAAGUUCAGAAAUGUGAUUAACAGCAUAGGGGGAUUUGCUGGGGAGGAAAGCCUUUCCACUAUGUUGUAUUUACUGCAGGCCAUCUUUGUGGAAAUGGAUACCCACCCAAACAGAGCAAUUGCAUGCAGUCCAGAAAGUUUGUUUGAAAAGAUUGGCAUGUUUGCUACACAAGAAAUAAUGCGUAAGGAUGCAGACCAUGAAGUGCUAAAAUGUGUAUCUGAAUUCUUAGAGAAUACUAUUGACACACUUAUAGCAGACCCAAGGUUGGGACCAGAACUUAGUCCACUCUUCAGUACAUCUCUCAUGAGAUUAGCCAGAUGGAAAUGUCCAGUGUGUAAAAUAGACCAUGAAAGUCAGUUAGCACCGGCCACUUCCUACACAAUGGCAGCUUAUGUCAGUGCAGAUGAGUGUCCAUUGGACCAGUGCCUCGUAGAUUUACAAACAGAGACUCAGACUGGAGUUUCUUUAAUCUGUGGAUCAGAAUCCAGUGGAAGUGGUGGCUGUGGAGCCCAGGUCAAGGUUGAUAGGGUUGUAACGCCCAAGAUUCAAGGCCUGCCAACCAUCUUAGUCAUCAGAAACAACAGCCUUAUGGACCGAGACCUGAAGAGACGGCUGCAUGUAGUCUACCCAGAAACACUUGACCUGACUUCACACACCCUAAGUCAUGUAGCGGCAACCUACACUCUCUCUGCUGUGAUCUUCCACCAUGGACAUUGGGUCAAACAUUUUUCAGCUCAUGUAAGAACAAAUGGGAACAAAUGGUACAACUUUAAUGAUGAACAAGUGUCUGAACUUACCAACCGAGUGACAACAGGGAACCCUUCAGAGAGUCAUCGAAAUUACUUCAGCAUUGCAAAUGUAGCAAACAAGUACAAACAUCGUCCAGGAUUAAGAGUGUCAAGGGGAUCCUUUGUGUGGGUUUAUAUGCUUAGUCCCACUGCUGAGGAAGAAACAGUGACAACACCACCUCCAGAGGCUGUUGUUGAGUAUGUUCUCAGAAAACAAGAAGAAAGUAUGACUGUCAAUCACCAGCUACAAGCAGAGAUUAAGAGAGAAAAGGAAGCUCUGCUAGGCCAGUUAGCAGUUACUGAUAUACUGGAAGAAUAUGAAUUGAUUUCAGAAUCUCUUUUAAGUGCCUGGUUCAACUGUGAUGAUUUAGAAUACAAGCCACAACCAUCAUUACUUGCUCAACCUCUCUGUGAACACAAGCUUUUCAGUCCACGAAAAUUUCACUUGCUGAAGUGUAUUCGAAGGGAAUCUCUGCAGUCUCUCCUGAGUGAUCGCUGUGGGAUCCAUCAAGACGAAGCUCUGAAGAAAUUAGCUUUGCCCAUCUCCAUGUCUCCCGAUAGUGGUUGCUGCAGACAGUGCCUAGCCAAAGCUGUGAAUCAUAUUUUGUUUAUAGAGAGAGUCAAAUCUCUGCAUAAGCAAGCCAAAAAAGAUGCUAGGAAGCCACAUGAUGGACCUACUGUCAUUCUUGGAUUAGAGACGCUAGAGUAUUGGCCAAGAUUAGCAUUAAGUGCCUAUGUAAAGGAGAAUGGGAUUGACACAGAAGAGGAAGAUUCAGAAAACAGUUUAGACACAAGCAAGAAGACUGACGACCUCACAAAAUCCAGUAGUAAUAGUGGUAGUGGUAGCAGUGGUGUGCAUGUGAAUGGUGACAAAUGUGAUAAUGGAGAGGUUAAGUCAGAAGUAGAAGAUAAGGAUGUUGCUUCCAGCUGUGAUACCUCAAGUUCAGUGCCUGAAAAUGAUGAUUUUGCCUGUGAUAAUCGGACAGGAAAUGCAGAGGCUGAAAGAGAUCAAGUAGAUGAUGACAAGAGCAAAUUGGAUGCCUGUAGUGAGGUGAAAGAUGCCUCAAGUAGUAAAGCAAAAGAUGCUAAGGAGACGGUCACCAAUGAACUCACCUUGUUUAAUGAGGACUUAGUUUGCCAGCACAACCUCCUUUCACCCACCGUUGGAUCCUGUAGGAUACCCAAAGUUCUUGCAACAGAGAUCAUAGAGCUGUGUGGAGAGUCUGUGCAUCCUGCAGUUUUCCAGGAUGACUUUUCAACCUGCCCUGAUUGUGGGGCAAAAUUAGAAGAGUCUGUCCGAGCUUGUGAUAGUGGGCGCCAACAGAAGAAGCAGCUGAGUAACCUGUUUCAAGAAAGAAAACGACCACACCCCAUGCGUGACCCAGGGAGACAAGUGUAUGCCAUUUCAAGAGAGUUCAUGGUGAAGUGGAAGAGUUAUAUAAGGUCAUGUGAACGCGGUGACCUGGAAGUAUGUCCGCUCACCAAGCUGGAGAACUCUUCCCUGCUGUGCACCCACGGCCACCUGCUGUUCCCGGUGUUCAGUCUCCAGCCGCAUCAGCUGUCCGAGUACCUGGUGCUGGUGUGGGAGGAAGAGUGGGAGAUCCUCAGAGCUAUUUACCCUCCCGAUCACGUCAUCACCGCUGUGUACAAUGAGUCGGCGAUCCUCAUCACGGAGCCAGGAGUGUGUGAGAGCGGGUGCGUGGAGGUCCGGGCAGCGCAGGACUACGAGGACCAGUUUUCGUACGAGUGCGAGAUCAUCCACGUGCGCCAGGUGAACUCCGUCAGCGACAUCCCCAAGCGGAGCGGCAGGACGCGGGGGGGCGCCGCCUCCCAGGCCGGGGCCAACCUGGCUCCUGCCGCCGUCAACAACGAGAGCAUAGGCCCGCGGAAGAAGCCCCGCCUGGCUGCUCAGAGCGGCUCCGGAGGCGCCGGGGCGGGCGGGGCGGGCUCGACGGGCGCCAGCAACAGCCAUCGCCUGGUGCGGGCGUCCAAGACCUUCUCGUCCAGUGACACCCUGCGCGAGGUCCAGAACUUCAUCGCUGAGCGCACGGGGAUCUGGCCGAUGCUGCAGACGCUGUGGGUGUGCGGGGAGAGCCAGGAGGGCGACGACGGCCUUAUCCAGAUCACGGACGACCACCGCGCCAUGACCCUCAACGCCCUCAGGGUCAGGCCCGGGGACACCAUCUACUUCAGGGCUGCGGUGGAGGACAUGCAGCUGGCGGCGGGCGACGGCAUGGUGGAGUUCAACGAGAUGGAGGAGGACUGGUGAGGUGGAAGGGUGGCGUUGCACGUUCGUAGUGACGAGGGAGCCGAGGAAGCAACAGCAGUGGGCUCUUGCCAACCUGGAUCGAACAGCGACCGUACCUGAACAAGCUCUUAGUAGUGCAGCACAAUCGCCACCACCUGUCUUGCUUCCCGGAUUGUCCCGCGACGCACAUGCACCUCUGAAGCUCCAUAUCCACUACUCUAGCGAUCCACAUCCCCCCUGAGAGUGCCCCGUCUUCCACCUCCUUUGUGUCCACCUCUUAGUGAUGGAAUAGUGGCAUCCCGAUCUUACCUACAGAUCACGAGCAAUGAGAAAUAUCCCAGAGCUUUCGUACUUCUCAAGCAUUUAUGUCUGCUCUCAUUUAUGUAUAGUAUGAAAUCAGUGGUGACUGCUACAAGCUUUCCGUUUCGUAUUUUUAAUAACCAAGAUAUGAGUUGAAUGUUCAAGACGACUGCUAACUCCGAAGUGAUUUCUGCAACGAUUGGCAGUGUGGAGUCUUUCAGCUUUUGUCGUAGGCUUCCUUGUGGCAGUCCAAUGCUCUAGUUCAUUUCUAUUGAUAAAUGCUUCGUUUUUUUAACAUAAGAUUUUGUAGAGUAAAUACUUUAUAUGUCAGUAUUUUCUUCUGUGGCAAAGAGGAGUUUUCUUUCUUAAUGAAAAAAAAAUAAGUUGAAAAAAUAUGUAUACAGUAUAUGAUUUUCAGCCAAUACAGUCUGCUGUGUUUUAGUUAAUCCUUUGGCUUCGGUAAGGGAAUUAAACCCCAGUCACUGACACUCGAUAUGUACCAACUGAAGCCUGUUAGCUAGUUCGUAAGCCUAGCGCAGGGCAGUGGGUAGAGGGACCACUCUUGCAUGCCCGCAUUUGUGAUGAACGUCCUCUUUUUGGGAGAGAGGGCAGAAAGGGGAAGCACACGCAGCCCAGUUUUGUUAUGUGGUGCUAUGUACCACGCAUAUAUGUAAACAUUCUUAAGCACGUUUUUAUUAAGCAUUCGUCUCUCAGCGAUGUAGAUAAUUUUGGAGUUGUAUUUUUCUGCUUUUAUCCGGCUUAAAAAAAAUAUUUUGAUUUGUUUUGAUAGGAGAUCAGGUAUAUCCUGCAGAAGACGUGGUUGUCCUUCAGUUACCAGUGAGUUCGGUCGUUUAUCUUGUAUAUGUGUCGUUUCGUUGCCUGUCUGAGAGAGUGAAGAAGACUGAGAGAGAAUGAGUGAGUGUGUCAGUGUAUUUUAGUUUUUCCGUUUGUGUGUCAUUAUCUGUGAGUAGUGUUUUUCAGAAAGACGUCGACCGUUUUGUUUCCAAGCGUAUGUCUGUUUCUCAGUCUGUUCCAUUUGUCGAUGUAUUUGUCAGUCAUGUGUAUGUGAUUGUUUAGUUGUUUUUUUAUCGACUGUGGAUUGUCUUUUUUGUCUUCUAAUUAUACUUUGUGUCACUUUAUGUAAUACUGGAAAAUCUGCGUGUCGUUUUAAUUAAAGUGCAUCCUUAAUGUCAGAUCUUAUAGGUUGUAUAGCUAUUCACCAUAGAACGUAGAUUCAGUUUGUAUUUAUUGCAUUUAAUCUAGUGUUCUCCGGGAUUAAUAUAGAUUUUAUUAAUCCAUAUAGCAAGAAGAAAACAAAGGCUCCUUCACUUUAUUUUUACAUAAUCGGCUGAAUGUUUUUUGCAUAGAAUUGAUACCCUAUUUUUCUUCAAAUGUAUGAUUGGUACAAUUUAUUAAUAUUGUUAUGUACAGUUAUUAAGGCAAGUAAAAUUCCAGGUAUCAUGUGUAAGGCUUUAGACCUUAUGGAUACAACGAUACACCUAAUAAAAUCUGUCUGCCAAUCAA